AUGUUUUUCAAGAGAUACCUGGCGUCAGUGCGCAAGGUCAAAGUCAAGACUCCGCUGGUGGAGCUUGAUGGAGACGAAAUGACUCGAAUCAUCUGGGAUCGCAUCAAAAACAAGCUGGUGCUACCUUACGUGGACGUGGAGCUCAAGUACUAUGACCUGUCGGUCACUUCCAGAGACAAGACCGAAGACGUCAUCACCCACGACGCAGCGCACGCGAUCGCCAAGUACGGCGUGGGCGUGAAGUGCGCUACGAUCACUCCGGACGAGGAGCGUGUUAAAGAGUUCAACUUGAAGAAGAUGUGGCGGUCGCCCAACGGGACCAUCCGUAACAUUUUGGGCGGCACGGUAUUCCGGGAACCCAUUGUCAUUCCCAGGAUUCCACGUUUGGUGCCAGGCUGGGAAAAACCGAUCAUUAUAGGCCGUCAUGCCCAUGGCGACCAAUACAAAGCCACCGACGUGGUGAUUCAGAAACCUGGAGUCUUGGAACUGGUGCACAAGCCAGCAGACGGUUCGGAGCCGCUGGUAAUGCAGGUCUACGACUUUAAGAAAUCCGGCGGCGUUGCUCUGGCGAUGUACAACACAGACGAGUCCAUUCGCGGGUUUGGCCACGCUUCGUUCAAGCUUGCGCUCUCCAAGAAGCUUAAUCUGUUCUUAUCAACCAAAAACACCAUCCUGAAGCAGUACGAUGGCCGUUUCAAGGACAUCUUUCAGGAACUGUACGACUCUGAGUACAAGUCUCAAUUCGAGAGCGCAGGCAUUUCAUACGAACACCGUUUGAUUGACGAUAUGGUAGCGCAAAUGGUCAAGUCCAAGGGUGGUUUCAUCAUGGCUCUGAAGAACUACGAUGGCGACGUUCAAUCCGAUAUCGUGGCUCAGGGUUUUGGCUCUUUGGGACUGAUGACUUCGGUGCUUGUCACCCCAGACGGAAAGACCUUUGAGAGUGAAGCUGCUCAUGGUACCGUAACCAGACACUUCAGACAACACCAGCAAGGCAAGGAAACAUCCACGAAUUCAAUUGCCUCCAUAUUUGCUUGGUCUCGGGGCCUAGCCAAACGAGGAGAGCUGGAUAACACACCGGACGUUGUGGAGUUCGCACACAAACUGGAAGAUGCCACCUUAAAAACCGUGCAAGAAGACGGGAUCAUGACCAAGGACUUGGCUUUGGCCUGUGGCAACAGCGACCGUUCUGCGUACGUGACCACUAACGAGUUUCUUGAAGCCGUGGAAAACAGGCUCAAGAAGGAAAUUGAGAGCGUGAAGUGA